GUUGGCUUCACUCCGAGGCUAUCCGCUCGGUGCGGCGGUCGGUUCGUCCUUCGUCCAGCGAUGUUUAGAUUUCGGUGACAGAAGACAACGAAUCUCGUCAUGGGAUUUUUACGCGCUGCGGCGAACGUCUUCUUCUUCCUCCUUUCCUUCAUCACGUUCUUCAUGGGUGUGGUCGUGUUGGGAUACGUGCUCUGGGUUCUUGCGACGACGGACAACAGAAGGUUCCUCGAGGGCAUUCUGAUUUUCACAUAUGUUCACCUAGGCGUCGGGAGCGUCUGGUUCAUCACAGGGAUGUGUGGUUGGAUCGGCUCUUACAAGAAGGGCGGGCUGGGAAUGAAAAUGUUCCUUUCUCUAGCUGUACUCAUGGUGGCAGCAGAGAUCGGCGGCAUCGUAGCCCUCAGCAUCCUCAAAAUCAAGAUGGUGGACAUCUUGAAGUCAGGAUGGGUUGAAGUCAACGAGCCCACGAAGAAUUUUAUUCAAGAUAAGUUGGAUUGCUGUGGCUUCAGCGGGCCCAAGGAGUUCGCCGCCACCAACAGCCUCAUUGACGAGACGUGCUACAGGCUCGUGGGCGAGACAGAGGACGUUUCCAUCAAGGAGAUUCGUCGGAUAAAAAGGGCGGGCUGCAAGCAAAAGCUCGUGGAUUUUUUCUACAACCACAAGAUCAUCUGGAUAUCAUCGCUCGGUGUCCUGCUUUUGUUACAAGUCACAGCGAUACUCCUCUCGGUGUACCUGAUCAACGCCAAGAAGCGAGAGCAGCGGGAGAACUCCUUCACGUCGCUCACCCACCGCUCCUACACGACGGGCUACUGACAACCCACUGCGCCUGCGCAAGAGGAACCUCUUGCGUGGCUCUGAAGUGUCCGUACGCACCGUUGCGAAGACUCGGGACAACCGCGGAACUGUGGGUGCUGCAUCAGCAGACCACAGUCAAAGUGACCCCGCCCGAAACACCCUGUGGACGUGUAGUGAGUCUUGUGCUGUUCGGUCAAAACGUCUUCGUCUUUGGCUGCGGCGGUGGCCGAGUUCAAGUUGGAGUGCUGCAGCAGUUUGACGACAUCUGGGUUGAUAUGGCGUUUCGUCAGAAUGAGGGUUGAUAUGACGUUUCGUCAGCAUGAGCAAGCAGAAUACGUAGACAUUCUCUUUACAGGUUGGUAGAAGAAACAGAGUCGAGUGUCGCUUGCUUUUCGCUUGAAAGGUCGACUGAAGGUAAGCGGGAUAAUAAGCCGUGUUCAAGUCGAAGUGUUUCACUCAUUGGACGCGGUUAUAGUUGAGGCCACAUUGCCACGGCAAGCAUAACCAAAACAACUACGUAUUCUACGCGUGUUAUGCUGCGGAAACGAAGUGUGUGAACGACUUUGUAAAGAACAUGUCAAAGUAGUCACCGUCUGCUAGAGACUCCGCCUCAGCCAAUGUAAGAAUCUUUCCGACUUUUUUUUGAUGGGAUUAACAAAUGAGCAAUGUUUCUAUUGAAAACUAGUGCUCUCGUUGAUCUUUAUGUAAUACAAUCAAUCUACAUCGCUGUAACAAACACAAGCGUAGCUUCAGGAGUGGGGUAUACUCGAGAGCAGAAUGACUGGUCAAGUAUGGAUUCGUAGUCAGCGAACCUCAACUCUUCUACCCUCAUGUAUUCAUAGUGAACAUAGAAGAGAGAGAAAAUCGCUAGUUACGUCACGUGGACUAUUCUUUAAGCGUUUCCAUCAAAGCAACCUUGCCUUUUGAAUAGAGAACAAGUCUGACAUGUACACUCCUCUGAGCUAUUGCUCAGAGCUAAAGAACGUUCAUUAAACGAACUCAAAAGCAAAAGCAAGGAUGCAGACAAGCUGGUUUAAAAGGAACAAUUUAAUCCUAGAUAGCAGGGACCUAAAGGGACAGUGCAAAACAAACCUCACUGGGGUUGUAAGUCCGAGGGACUUUGCAACGGCACACAUCGACGGAACAGGCAGGGCGUUCCCUUGACCUAUCGCCCAAACGUCACGUGUGCAGAAUGCGUUUGCGAUGUGCACAGAAGUGUGACGUCACCGUGACGUCACCGUGACGUCACGUGACGCUCUGCCACGUCCUGCUGGACUUGGCUGGACGCUAGCCCGUUUUAAAUUCCAAAUAGGAGAGAGAAGUCUUUGCUCUUGGAAUUGCAUCCACAGCCCGAGCUACCGCAUGAUCACCGCCAGCCCUAGGCUGGAGUCGUAAAACGUACGCAGGAAAGAGGUGGACGGCACGAAAGUCUGCAUUUUGAGGCUUUUGUCUUAACCACCUCGUUCCACGUUGCACUUUUUUUUUCUGCUCUUGGAGUUAUAUUGCGCCUAAGUUUCACCAGCUCGCAAUCGCGUCUUAUCAUUGCGUUGCAAACUUCCACUCAGGAUUGAUUUGUCCAGGCCUUUGUGUUGACGCCCGUAGCCCUCUGCAGCAGCGUCUUAGCAAAGAGCACGAUUCAUCCCUCGAUGGCAACGCACGUGGCGCUUGAACUUGAUGCCACUGGAAAAGUGCGAGGGAAAUGACUAGUCACCCAAUCAAUAACGACAUCUCAGCGAGAGCAUGAUUGUUGCUGGUAUGUCUGUGUGUGUGUGUCUUUCUCAGUACGUUCGCAAUACUCGAUACCUGUGCUCCUCGUUGUGCUCAGCCAUAAUCGCCUAGACAGCAAGGCCGUCGUGCCGAGUGUUACAUACGUCAGCUUCUAAAGACCCGCGCGGGCAAAGGUUCAAUAAAACGCAGUGCGUAACGGGUGACGAGCAUCGCUACACAUCCAGCGAAAUUGCGUAAUUGGCCAAUGAAAACGGCGACGAUGUCGUCAAAGAGUCCACUCCCUGAUAGCCAUAAUGUUGGCUUAGCAAACAAGGCUUCUUUUCUUCCUUUCUUUGUUUCUCCUUCAAGCUAUUUUCCACGCUCUUUCAUGUUCCUCAAAGCACGACAGGUUGUUUCAUUCGUGUAUAGUAUGCAGUGUGAAUGCCUCGGGACUGCUUAGCACGGUUACCGUCAAUACCAAAGUACACAAGUUUCUUGCGUGUAACGUGUUUGUCCUAAUCGAAGCUCUCGUGCGUUUAAGAGUAUUAUUAUCACGCUGAAAGGUUCGCAUGAGCAUUUGUGUUUAAAUUCAUGACAAACCAAAGAGCCGCUUGCGUACUCACGUGCCUUCUUCUACGUCAUGAAACUUGUUCUUGACUCCGACUGAUCGGCACAUGAGAACGCUUCCGGUGGUUGUAAGCGAUGACUCUGUCUUCUCUUGCGUAUUGUAACAUGUUUCGAAGAAACAAAGUAUUGUGUCGUUAAGUACAAUACCUUUGACAUGUGCGCUUACAAAUUCUAUAUAGUGUAAAUGUUAAAAGCGUUUUUCUUUUUUUUUUUCUUUUUUUGUAAUGUGCGAAAGGUUGCAACUGUUAUAUAUGCUUAACUUGUUCGAAGCGUGAUAUGCUCAUUCUAUACAAAUCUCGUUCCUCGGGUUUUGGGGAGAGAAAACCCUUUCACUGCGUCUUUCGAAUAGGCUGUUUCAUGAACAUGAUAUAUAGUAUAUGCAUGCCGGGUGUAAUCUCCUAAGUUUAAGUGUCUGGUGUCACUGGUUGUUUAUGGAUGGCAGAGGCAGAAAUGUGUUUACUAUGUAUAACUUCCAGGCCUUUUUUUUUCGCUUAUACAUUCAACGUUUUGUGAUAGACUAGAAAAGAGGAGUCUUUUACAGGAUUUCAUCCAUUGACUUGCAAAUAAAGCAUAUAAAUUGCC